AUGUCCGCAAUCUUCACCAGAAAAGAAGUCAAUAUGCAUUGUUCAGAUGAUGAUUGUUGGAUUAUUUAUGGUGAUUAUGUUUAUGAUAUUACCGAUUUUUUGUAUACUCAUCCAGGAGGCGCCGAGAUUCUUUUAGAAUACGUAAGUAAUCAAUAUUUUUAAUCGAUCAAUAUCUAAUUAAUGAUAAUAAUUUUCUAGGCUGGAGGAGAUGCAACUGAUGCAUUCGAAUCUGUUGGGCAUUCAAUUGAUGCUCGAGUUAUGUUGGCUAAAUAUGAAAUUGGAAUUCUUCACGAUGAUGAUCGCUCAACUUUUAUUAUUCCACAAUUCAUUUCACAAGCCAAAAAGUUCUUAUUCUCUUCUUGA